AUGACGAUUAUAAGAAUCAGACAAAGUGUGACAAGUAUCUUUGCUAAAAUAACUAGGGAAUCAGAAGAAUUGUAUAAGAUCCAUUUGACUUGUUCUUUAGAUUGUACUAGAUAUCUCAUAUCACAAGGCAUUGCUUUUCGUGGCCAUGAUGAAAGAUCUACUUCUCUAAACAAGGGGAAUUUUAGAGAGAUAAUGGAUUGGGUAAAAUCUUAUGAUGAAAAAGUGAGAGAUACUUUUGAUCGUGGUCAAAAUAAUUUCACAAUGACUUUCAGUGACAUUCAAAAGGAGCUUGCAAUGUGUUGUGCACAUGAAGUUACCAAGGUGAUUAUGGAAGAGCUUGGUGAUAGACAAUUCUUUGUGCUUAUUGAUGAGUCACGUGAUAUAUCUGUCAAAGAACAAAUGGCGGUGAUGUUGAGGUUGAGGUUCUUGAACGAAAAAGGGAAAGUUGUGGAACGAAUUAUUGCUCUACAUCAUGUCAAAUAUACUACAUCUGAGGCACAAAAGGAUGCUCUUUAUGGUAUUCUCGAUCGUCACAUAUUAUCUAUUUCAAGGAUACGAGGGCAAGGAUAUGAUGGGGCUUCAAAUAUGAGAGGUGAGUUUAAUGGUUUACAAAGAAAGAUUCUAGAUGAAAACCCUUAUGCUUUCUAUGUCCAUUUCUAUGCUCACCAUUUGCAAUUGGUGGUUGUGUCUGUUGCUACUAGUUGCUCAUCUAUUCAUGAUUUCUUUGAGUACAUCUCCUUGAUUAUGUGGUUCUCCGUGUUAGAGGUGCUUAGUAUUGUUUAUGGAGAUGGACGUGGACAAUCUCAAGCGGCAGUGCUAAAUAUGGAUGAAGAAAUACUGAUUCGGGGUCGUUCAAGAAGAGAAGGGAGGAUUGUCACUAAUCUUCACCAUUACUGUGCAGAGAUUUUUUAUGUUGUUAUUGACAAAAUAUGUGUGGAGAUGGAUCACCGGUUUAGUGAAGGAAGUAACGUUGUGUUUGGUUGCUUCUCAUGUCUUGACCCUAAGAACUCUUUUUUCAAGUUUGAUGUUGAUAAGCUUGCUCGUCUUGCUAAUAUUUAUCAUGCAGAAUUUUCUGAUGAUGACCGUGGAACAAUAAGGGAGCAACUUGAGACUUAUGUACAUCAAGUGAAAAGGCAUGCUUCCUUUACUUCUUGUGAAGAUGUUCAAAUUUUGGCUAUGAAGAUGGUUCAAACUGAGAAACAUUUGAUAUUUCCAUUGGUCUACAAGCUCAUUGAGCUGGCUUUGAUAUUGCCGGUGUUCGACAACAUCCGUUGA